AUUAAUUAAUUAAACACGAUUUAAAAUAAACCCCUCUCCCUCUCCCUCUCCAUUCCCACCACUCUGAUCUUUCCCGCACUCCUUGCCUGCUUGCUUCCUUUCCUUCCGUCGGUGAAAGAAAACUCGCAUUUAUCACAGGGAGAGAGAGAGAGAGAGGCACCGCUGAUCCCGAAGCGUACUGCGGAAUUUUGCCUUUUUCCUUCCUUCCGUCCUUCCGUGCCGUCGCUGUCAUCAGUCUUCGGGGGGAAAAAGUGGCAUUGGCUUUCCAAGGAAGCGUCGCCGUCUCUUCUCUGCCAACUGCGGCGGUGCAGCUGCAUCUGGAUAAGUUGACAGUGUCAUUUGGGGAGGUGAUAUACCAAAACAAGUUGAACUAUGAAACAGACGGACAAGAAGAAAACUCCAAACACUAACAUUUCCAAGCGACCCGGGAAGACUGAAACUAAAGGCCAACGUCGACCGAAGGAAACGGAAUCUAAAGCUGUGCAUGCUUCUAACCCCGACUCCAGAACUGUAGUAAGUGAUUCGAAUGUGGGCUCAGAGGCCUCCGAAGUUUAUGAAAAUCUGGUUAUACAUUAUGUGGAUGAUGUGAACAGGUGUGAGGACAGUGCAAAAAAAGGCAGCAUCUUGGUGUCGAAGGAGAACAUGGGUGAGGUUGUAGGUGAUCAUUCUAGUGAUAUUGAGAGAGAUCAGAAGCUAGGGAAGGAAGAAGAGUCAGAUUCUGAGACGAUAAAAGAUUCUGUGUCAUCCCACGGUGGGGAUUCUGUUGUAGGCGAUGAUGAGAAGGUAGAAUCAGUUUCUAGAGCUCCUAAAACUGCUGGUGGAACUAGGAAAAACACAUCAGUAAUAAGAGAUACAGAAGCUAGUAAAUCAAGAGCUAAAGCAGUCACUAAAACCCCCAGAAAGCCAGCAGUCUCUAGUAAAGAACCAUCUAAGGUGACCAGCAAAAACGCUUCUGCCCUAAAGAUUGCUGCUAAGGAGGUUAAACUUGCCCCUAAACCUCCUUCUGAAACUUCUGAAGGAGUAGAAGAUCUGAUCACCGAUGAUGGUAAAGAGGCAGAUGUGUUUGAGGAGGCCUCAAACGCCACUACAAAGAGUGUUGCAAGUGACAGUGAAACCGUUGAAAUUGAAGACAAUGGUGAAAACGGGGAGGAUGCCACACUCCAAAGUCAACGAAUUGCAGAGUUGGAAACAAAAAUUGAGAAACUUGAAGAGGAACUGAGAGAAGUUGCUGCACUUGAAAUCUCCCUUUACUCUGUUGUACCUGAACAUGGGAGCUCAGCACAUAAGGUGCAUACACCUGCUCGGCGGCUAUCAAGACUCUACAUUCAUGCUGGCAAGCACUGGACUCUGGAUAAGCGAGCCACAAUUGCGAAAAACACAGUUUCAGGGCUGGUACUGAUCUCUAAAUCAUGCGGAACUGAUGUACCCAGGUUAUCUUUCUGGCUGUCCAACACAAUUGUGCUGAGGGAGAUCAUUACCCAAGCAUUUGGGUGUUCGGGUAACUCUAGUAUGUCGAGAUUCACAGGAUCCAAUGGGAGUAUGACACUGAAAUGGAAAGGUGGUAAUAAACAAGGUAAUGGGUAUCCCCACUUUGUUGAAGAUUGGCAGGAGACUGGAACCUUCAUUGCUGCCCUGGAGAAAGUUGAGUCGUGGGUGUUCUCUCGAAUAGUGGAGUCUGUUUGGUGGCAGGCAUUGACUCCACAUAUGCAAGCUCCAAGCAAAGAAUUGUCCUCCAACAAAAGCAUUUCACGAUUAUUAGGCCCAGCGUUGGGAGACCAGCAACAAGGCAACUUUUCCAUCAACCUGUGGAAGAAAGCUUUUGAAGAAGCUCUACGACGAAUUUGUCCGGUUAGAGCAGGAGGGCAUGAGUGUGGCUGUUUGCCAGCCAUGGCCAAAAUGGUUAUGGAGCAGUGUGUGGCAAGGCUUGACGUAGCGAUGUUCAAUGCUAUUCUGAGAGAGUCAGCCCAUGAGAUCCCAACUGAUCCAGUUUCAGACCCUAUUGUGGACUCAAGAGUUCUGCCUAUACCAGCGGGGGACUUGAGCUUUGGCUCUGGAGCACAACUCAAGAAUUCUGUACUGUUUCUUCUUCCGUCGCCCAUCUCAUUAAACCAAUCAAAGGUUGGAAAUUGGUUAAGAUGGCUCCUAGAUACGGUGGCGAUGGACGAUGAGGAAACCCCAGAUCGCGAAGAAAAGACCAGUAGUGAUGUUGAUGAUGACCAUAGACAAAAUGCCAAACCCAAGUGCUUCAACCUUCUCAAUGACUUGAGCGAUCUUCUUAUGCUUCCGAAGGACUUGCUAAUUGACAGAUCAGUGAGAAAAGAGGUUUGCCCGUCAAUUGGCCUUCCAUUGGUGAAGCGGAUACUCUGCAAUUUUACACCAGACGAGUUCUGUCCCGAUGCUGUCCCCGGAGCUGUACUAGAAGCCUUGAACGCUGAGAGCAUUGUGGAGCGCAAACUUGCAGGAGGAGCAUCCAUGAGGAGCUUCCCUUAUACUGCUGCACCAGUUGUGUACAUUCCACCUUCAUGUGACGCGGUAUCGGAGAGAGUUGCAGAAGCUGAUGAUAUUAAUAGUGGUGGUGGUGGUGGUUUGGAGUCUCACUUGUCGAUAAAUGCUUCAGUUGUACAGAGGAAAGGAUACACUAGCGACGAGGAACUGGAAGAGCUGGACUCUCCCCUCGUCUCGAUUCUCGACAGCUCGAAAUCCUCCUCGAAUUGGAUUAACGGAAAGCAGAGUGAGCAGAAGGUCGCAAAUGCGAGGUACGAACUGCUUCGCGAGGUAUGGUCAGGCUGAAGUUGCUUUCAUGUGUCGAAAAGAGUUGGAUAUAUAGUAGUGGAUUUCACAGGCUCUGUAUGAUAAUGAACAAUUUGCCUCUUUUUCGUUUUGCCUCUGUGGUUUCUUGGGUCUUUAGCACCACAAAAGUAAAUAUCAUGGAAAGAAAUGAAAGCUGAAAAUGGUGUCAAGAGAAGUAUAAUCAGAGUGGCAGAAGUGUCAUCUUGCUUGUGUUACAAGGCACUAGUUUGGGGGUUGGAAUCAAUGGGCAAAAGAAAGGUUGAAUGAUUGAUUAACUGAAUAACUCUUUGCUUAUGUUUUAUUGAUGGUAAAACUGUAACUUUUGCCUUUUCACUUUAGUUCCAUUUGGUAAUGGAAGUGAAGAGGCAAUACACAAACUAAGAUUCCAUUGAAAUGGAAUAGACAGAAACCUUACUACAACAACACACAGACUGACAAUCCGACAGACAACCUCAAAGGGAAAACAUAGAACAGGAAAAUAAGCAAAGAGCAGGACAAAAUUCGAAGAUUCGGCGACUCAGAGACUGAGCCACCCCUCUACAUUUUCAGCAAAUGGUCCACUGUUAGGAAUCCUUUGGUUGCCUGCUGCAACUCCAUUAGGGCAAUGGUCGUUCUUCGGCGAGAACAUGACCCCUGGGAAUUGCAGGGUGGGCACGUGCACAUGAUAUCCGGGCUCAGCGAGUGGUUGGGGAAGAUGGAGGGGAGGCUGAAGUGCUGCAUUGUUACUAUUGAAUCCCCUCAGAUCCAUUGGAGUCUGAAUUCCGCCAGCCUGGGGAGAAGGGAAGCCGGUAGUGUUCACAGCAGCAACAUAAAUCUCUCCCACCAUCUCCACUGGAUCAACCUUGCCCACCUCCAAGCUUCGAUUCAGAUGCCCGGUCCAGCCACCACCACCGCUCAUCAUCAGCAGAGCAGUAGCAGUAACCGGUUGGAUUGGAGGAGGGACAGGAUUCUGAUUCUGGACAGCAGCAGCAGCAGCAGCUCCUCCAGUCAUGUUCAGUCGUUCAACCAGGUGUCGAAAUCGUAAACCUUCAUCAGGCUUCGUCUGGUUUGCAUUAGUUCUCCGCCUUGUAAGGAUUUCAUCCACCUUGAAGAGCUCAAACAUUCUGGAAGUGCCGUCUCCAAAGUACAGCUCUUGCCUUCUGAGAAUAUCAGCCACGUUGUAAUGUCGCUUGCUGAAGUUGGUGACAGCAUCUGGUCCUCUCACCCUGAUCGCGGCUACAUCAUAUGCCCUCGCAGCUAGUUUCUCGGUGGCAAAAGUUCCGAGGCUUCCUGGGAAGGCAGAAAGAAGAAAACCCAAGAAAAAGGAAAUGUUGGGGAAAAUCUGAAAAUGCAGAACACCAUAAGCC